AAGUACUUGAUGUCCUAGAGUUUUGUUCUAAGAGAAAUGGUUCUUUUAUCUGGCUGUUUUGAUUUUUGUUUGCCCUUUUAAUUAGAAGACAAUAAUUUUCUAAUUGCUUGUUAAACAUGACCUUGCUUAUUGGUUAACCUCGUUGUGGCAGAAUUUAUAAGGCAUCCAUGCACUUGUUCAUUCAUUCAUGAUCCAUACAUCCAUUGAAUGCUUAUUCGUCUUUGAUAGAGUUCAAAGUUUUAUUGUACUCAUCUUUAAAUACAUGCCAUUCUUUCCCAACUCGUCUUGUGUUGGGUUCAUAGCGUAACCCCACAAUUGUUCUUUUGUGGCUUUGGCAGGAUUUAUUUUUAUUUCUUGUGCUUCCCCAUAUCACCCCAGUCUCUAGUAGCUUGUUUUAUGGUAAAACUUGUUAAGUAGUUAAUGUUCUGCUUUUAGGAUUAGUUGUGGUUUGUUAUAAGAGUGGCGUAGUGGAAGCGUAGUAGGCUAUGUUCUGUUCAUAAAGAGUUGGUGAGGUAUUUGUUUUGUCUCGGAUUGUGUGAAGCCAUUCACCACUCGAAAUGAUCCUCAAUUUGAGUUUUGGGGACAAAACUCCUUUUUAGGGGGGGUGGAUGUGAUACCCCAAAAAUUUCUAGGAUAAAUAAGUGAGUUAAGGACUUGAUUGUGACGAAAUGCUCCGCGUGUUUCUCUUUUUCCUCUCCCCUACACCGAACAAGAGCCCCAGCCACCACCGACGCCCCCACUUGAGAGAAACCGAAUCCCAGAUUUGCUCUGCUCUGCUACUUCCGGCUACUGCUCUGCUGUGUGGUGCGAAUUGCUCGAGUUUUUGUGCCGCGAGUCCCCUGCAGAUUGUCGUCGGCUUUCCCCCAAACUGUAGCUCCGGUUUUGCUUGCAAAAUUCUGGUUCUUGAGUGUUCUGUCACCCGAAUACUUGGCUUGAGUUUCGGAUUUGAGAAAAAGACUUGAAUGCAUAAAAAUAGGAGUUUUUGGGAUUAAUUGAACAUCUUUUCAAAGUUGAGGGACUGAAUUGCAAGAAGAAGGGUGCCUCUUUGGGACUUAAAUGAAUGAAUCUUGAGAUUUGGGAUCUAAAUGCUCAUCGUACGAAAGUAGGAGAACCACUAUUUUACCAUUGAAGAAAUUGCAAAGAGAGACCAGAAACUCGGCACAUAAUCGGGGUGUCGACACCAUGUGUUAAGCGUCCAGAAUUAGACUUUGUUUCCUGUUUUGUGUCGACACGCAAUUCGGAGUAUUAGCACCAUGCAUUCAACGUUCAAAAUUCAAGUUUCCUAUUUUGUUCCAAGUUCUACUUCUAUUCCAACUAGGAUUUUUAAAAUCCUAUAAAUAACCAUCCAAAUUCAAAAUUGGGGGUGAUGAGCUUAAAUUUCAUACAAUUAUACAUGGCUUUUUAGUCAUGAAUUGUAGCGUUUUAUAUUUUAUUGGAACAAUUUUAUUUGGUUUUACAUUGCUUUUAUCAUUCUUUGUAGGUAGAGGGUAAAACUAAAUAAAUUGAGAGUAAAUGGGCUGAAGUGACAAGAGUUGAAAACAUCAAGUCUGAUUCCAUGAUUUUCCCAUUUCAAAGACCAGAAUUGAAUGUCUUCUGCAUACACGUGGAAAAAAACAUGGUGGGCUUUAUCUCAUUGUGGAGAUAAGAUGGGCUUAAAAGAAAAGAAGGGCACGAAGAGGCACAUUAUUGAAUAUAAAAGAGGCAGUCGCUGGAGACUUCCGUGUAGAGAGGAACGGGAGAAAAAAAAGGGAAGCAGCCGGCAGAGAGUUUGAAGUCGAAUCUGAGGCAGAACUUGUGAGGAUUCU